AUGCUGAUUAACGCUGAGCAGGUGUGGACUGGGUCGCCGAGCCGGCAGGCAGCCUCGGAAUGGUUGAUAGGAAAUUGGGCAACGCGUAUCGCAGCACCUCGCAGCCUUUCAUCAGACCGGGAGCAAGUCCAAGGUUUUCGAGGAAGCGUAUGCCGCAAGUUGCAGCGUUUUGCACUGUUCCCAGGUGCUCCGUGGGACAGCUUGUUCGGGAACACGCAAAAAGUCGUUGUGCCCAACAGCACCAGAGAGGUUUUAGAUCAGCUGAAGGCCAGCAUGAGCGUUCUGGUGAAAUCUGGUCUCCCGCGGGCUGACGUGGACUUACCAGCAGGUCUCCGGCUGGGCUUGGAGAACGUUAUGGACCCGUUGGUUCAGCCGGCGGAGGAUCCAUCCAAACAACAAAUUCUGCAGGCAGACCGCGAACUCGCCCGGGUGUUCUUGGCUAUGUUCAAGGUCGUGAAAGACAGCUUGAGCAUCGUCUUCCGCACCAGCAAGCAAGCCGCAGCCGCCAAAAAACGCUGGGGGAACGCCGUCGGCAGAGCUCGCAUCGUCUCUAUGCCCAAAGGUGGCACCCAGAAGACAGCUUUUUCGAGCUCCAAUGACGGAGAGAUGAGCAGCGCUUUCGUUCAGUCAGUCAAGGGCAUGCGUGGUGGCUUUGUGGUCGUCGUAGCCCCACGAAGACCACAGCUAGAGGCAGUGGCGCGCGCUGCCGAAGAGGUCGACAGCAAGACUGGCUUCAUUCUUCUCAACGCUCGCCUCCGUGGGUCCAAGAAAGAUCAGCUCCGUGAGGAAGUUUCUGCAGGGUUCAAUGCGGCCUUUCAUCUACGCCUGUGCGGAAGAGACGGGGAAGGGCUUGUAUACAGAUCCUUGCAGGAUGGCAGCUCACCAUGGAUUCUGGCCCGGCGAAACCUCCCGAGCACCAUUGCGAAGGAGGUCGAGCGAAGUUUCGACGAGCCUUCAGAUGAGCGGAUCAGGGAUGUUUUCUCAACAUAG